GCCACUAUUUCAGCACCGCGGCUGUCCACCAUUGCAUGUCAGUGUGUUCAAUAGGUCAUCGAUUAUGGAAGCGCCGUGUGCUAACGCACUUGGUCUCUGACGUAUGUCAAGGCUCGCAAGUAACCAUUAACAGCUUGAAGGCGUGCACAGACUACAGAACAAAUCAAGACUGAUAAUUACCGCUGGUGUCCAGCCCCUUCUCCUGGCCGUUGUAAGUGUGUGUGUGGCCGGAGGGGGCAGCCAUGCCUCUGGUGAAGAGGAGCAUCGAGCCGCGGCACCUGUGCCGACGGGCCCUGCCGGACGGGGUGACCAGCGAGCUGGAAUGCGUCACCAACAGCACCCUGGCGGCCAUCAUCAAGCAGCUGGGGGGUCUGAGUAGACAUGCUGAAGACAUAUUUGGGGAGCUGUUCAAUGAGGCCAACAGCUUCUACAUGCGAAUGAACAGCUUACAAGAGAGAGUUGAUCAGUUGGCCGUCAAAGUGACACAACUUGACUCCACAGUGGAGGAGGUGUCGCUGCAGGACAUCAACAUGAGGAAGGCCUUCAGGAGCUCCAUCAUACAGGACCAGCAGGUGGUGUCCAGAAACUCCAUCCUCAACUCAGUCCUGGAGAUGUACCACCGCUGCGACAAGCCCCCACCCCUUAACAUCCUCACCCCGUACAGGGAUGAUAAGAAGGAUGGCUUGAAGUUCUACACAGAUCCCUCCUACUUCUUCAACCUGUGGAAGGAGAAAAUGCUGCAAGCCACGGAGAACAAACGGAAAGAGAAGAGGAGGCAAAAGGUUUCUGGCUUGUUCAGGACUCAUCGACAAAAAGCCAAAGCUCAUUUUCUUAGAGCGCUAAUAAUGCUACAUUUACUAGCUUGUCAAGAGCAGAAGCACCAGGAGGACCCCAGCCGUGAGGUGAAGAAGAUCCGCAAGGCUCGGAACCGCAGGCAGGAGUGGAACGUGUUGGCCUAUGACAAGGAGUUCCGCCCCGACGCCCGCCUCACUCCCUCGCCCUACCAUGGCAUGUCCUCGGAGGGCUCCCUCUCUCCAGACAGGUCUGGCAUGUCAGAUGAGCUCUCCUAUCCGGCGAGCCCAAACCAUCCGCCAGAGGCGGGCGGCCCAGGCGCAGAUGGUAAUGACGCGGGUCCUACGCAGACCCAGUCUCUGGACCGGGCCUACCGACCCCCAGCCUCGGGUGCAGCAUCGGGCACGGCCCGUCAGCAUUCCCUGGGCCGCGUGCCGUCUCACCCCCCGCCCACAGACCAGGCCCUCAACGGGCCCAGACCCGCCGCCACCAAAGACUACAGUGGUCACCAGAUGCCCGAGCACUUCGUCCCUCCGGCUCCCCCUCCUCCCCCGCCUCUCAUCCCCUCGGCCCAGACGGCCUUCGACAGCGCGGCCGGCGGCGGUGGCCCCCCGACCCUGGCGCCCGGCACGAUGGCGGCCAUCUCUCGUCCCUACAGCCCCUCCCCUCCCCCGGCGCCCCCUGCCUCCUACGUCCCCUCCCCGUCCCAUCCGGCCAUGGCCGGCGGCCCCCCCGUCGCCCCUCCUCCGCCACCCCCGGGCGGCCCCCCCACCCACGGCCCGUCUCCUGCCCGCGCGGCGCACCCUGGCGCCGGGGACACGCUGCCCAGGAAGGGCCAGGUGCCCGUCAUCCCCAUGAGCGACGCCCGCAGCGACCUGCUGGCCGCCAUCCGCAGAGGUAUCCAGCUGCGUAAGGUCCAGGAGCAGAGAGAGCAGGAGGCCAAGAAGGAGCCGGUGGGCAACGAUGUGGCCACUAUCCUGUCACGACGCAUCGCCGUCGAGUACAGCGAGUCCGACGAGGACUCCGAGCCGGAGGAGAACGAGUGGUCAGACUGAGGAGGAGGAGGAGGAGGAAGGGGAGGAAUGCGGGGAAUGGAGAGAGAGUCGGAAAGAGAGGAGGAUGUUACCGGACCUACACACUGCUGCUAUUUCAGAAAUCAGACAUACACUGCGUACGCAGACACACACAUACACACACACACACACACACACACACACAUACACACAUACACACACACACACACACACACACAUAUAUCUUACAUACACACAAAGAAGGGAAUAUGAGAAAGCACAUGAGUAUAGAGAGCUAUAGAAAGAGAAAAAGAAAGGUAGAAUAUAUGACAGAACAGAGUUGACCAGACCAGUAUAAAUCCUGCAUUUAAACUAGUAUAAUAGUGAUUAAUGUAUGUGUGCAUUUUGAAUAGUUUAUCUAUAUACAAUUCCCAAAGUUAAUAUAUUGUAUUUCAAUCAUUAACAUAGAAGUGGUCUGACAAUGAAAGAUUGAGUGAUAUGAGAGAGAGAGAGAGAGAGAGAUGAAGAGAGGUGUGUAUUCUGAAAGUAAGCACAGAAAGGCAGUCUGCAGUCUCUACAUCAAACAACUAUGACUAAACAUUCACACUUGUAAGUGUUUCAUUCCUCAGUUGCCAAGAAUAUCUUUGUUCAAACGAUGUGUGUAUGUUUUACUUGAUGUUUUAUGUGUCAUUUCUGUUUUGAAAACUGACACUGCCAAAGCGUUGCGUUCUCCUUUAUCGGUGCCCGUCUGUGGUCCAGACUCCGCUAGAAGAAAUCAGAAAUGUCCGAUCAUUUGCACGGGUCAGUCCGUGAACACAUCAUGUGCCCUACUGUAUUUGCUCAUGGUCCAGCUCUUGUGACAUAGCGCCACCGCGUUGGGACCCUGUGACUACCGGUACACACACAUGCACACACACACACAUUCACGCACACUCCCAGUGACAGCUGCAGACUCACACGCUGAAGUCUGUCAGCCUCCUGUUAAAUAAAAGGGUUGGCUAGCUCAGCAUCAGUCUGUCAAAUUCCAGUUACAUGAGCUCUAGCCAUAUUCUAAAUGUUUGAAUGGAAUUGUCUUCACUCUAAUUAGGAUAAUAUAUACCCUUCACAAGGGCGAUUAUCCUCAGUGAAAAUCAAGACCAGGCCAGAUGAAGAUGGAGAAGAAGAGUGUUUUACUGAGAUAAGAGGAGGAGCCCUUGUGUUCAAAUAGCAUUUCAUUGUGUUUCUGGGUCUUUCUGUCAUGGCAGAUGGGUGGUCUUGGCACCAGUGGAAGUGGACCAUUAGUUCUGUCGCGUUCAGCAGUCUCGUCCAUCUGUAAAAAAAAAAAGACCGGCGCAGGGCAGCCGCCGUUCCAGCGCAGCGUUGGACUUUUUUUAAAGAGCCCACCUCUCGCAUUCUGUGUCAAACCAAAUAGGUGAUGUCAUAUCAGUAGUGCAUAUACCUCAAACCCUGUGUGGUCUCUUCACUAUACUGUGAGCCGGGGAAGCCUCUCAAAACGCCACGGCUGCUCUCGCUGGUCUGUGCUGUCCUUUUGGGAGUGAAAAGUGCAAAAUAAAUGGGACAAAGUGGCCUUCAAUUAACAUCUAAUUUUGAAAUCAUGAUGAUCCUAAUUAGCUGCAGCCUUAAUCGGUAUUAGUUCAGUAAAAUGUAUCUGCUCUAUGUAAAGAAUUACUAUGAGAGCAGUUUAAAAUGAUUCACCAGCAUCACACCAGUGAACUUAAAAUAUCGUCUAUGUACAAUAUACCUGUCUUAGAUAAAAUAAGAUUUAUAUGUGAUUUGGGCCUUUGAAACCAUUUAUUUUGGACUUAUCUGAUAUAUACUCCAUUGUUGAAUAUUAUGUGGCCCGUGGUUGAUGUUGGAUGGGAGAGGCAGUUGUGUGGCUUAGCUACCCUUUGGCUUUUAUGUAACACACAGUGAUUUGUAGGGUUGACUGUCGCCUAACUCAUAUUAUAGCUGUUAGCCAAACACCUUCCUUUCUUCUGUUUUUCUUUAUGAAAAAAGGCUUUUUUGUUUGUAACUUUGCUCUGUUGUUGACAGUGUUGUGGUGAAUAUUGAUACCCUUACUAACAAUGAGUGAAAUCCUUUGUUGUUAUUUUACUCUAUAAAGAAAAAUAUGGUGGAUUGUGACUGUGUGGGGAAUACUUUGCCAUGUUAUUUUAUUACUUCUGUAACAAUUCAUUUCUCCCUUCAAGCAUAUACUGUGUAGACAGUAGGUCUGAUCCCACUGUGUGUGUGUGUGUGUGUGUGUGUGUGUGUGUGUGUGUGUGUGUGUGUGUGUGAAAGAGAGAGAGAGAUGGAGCAUGUCUGUGUCAGUUUCCUUAUACGCAUCAGUGUGUAUUUGUGUGUUUUAUCUCUAUGCCUAUGUUUCCUUCAUUUUCAUUUCCAUGGUGUACCGAAACACUUUAUUAACUUGGAAGCUACACAUUGGCCAUUUGUUCAGUACCUUCAGCUGAAAUGUGAGAUGUACCCUGGGUACAAAAGAGGGGACCCUGCAUCUGAGUCUGUGAUGAAGAGUCAUGUGUCCUGUGGUUUAUAAAGUAAAGUAUCGAUGUGUUUUACAAUCCAUUGUUGUAUAGAUUUUUUGUAACACUGCUUGUACAAUGAACUUGGGCAUAUAUCAAGUGACAUAUCUAUCACGUGAAAUCAGAUAGGCCUAUGCUUUCAAUCAGUAUGCAUGUAUU